AUGAACUGCUGCACCUGCAUACUUCUCUUAGGUUCUUGUAACGGAUACGGGACCAUAACUGACCCAUGGCGCAAUCUAUUAUUUCAAUCAACCUCCUUCACUGGCUACCCAAACAACGAUGCACCACUUCUCAAAAAGUGGUGGCGCUUCACAGGGAUUGGUGGAGACAGAAUCAUUAAUUCAUGCCCCACUAGGCCUGCUGGUGGGACACCUUAUCCUGCUUAUACUUCAUUUGCAUAUCCAACAAAUGAAUCUGAAACUCCAACACAAGGGACUACAUAUGGCCAUGCUGGAGGCUGCACUAAUUAUCCUAACACCAUGAAUGUGGUGCUCUGUCCUGGAGGAUUCUACAUCUACAAACCAGAAACUCACACAUAUGGCAAUUUAGGAUAUGUUACCUAUCACUAUGAGUGUAACUCAGAAUCCUGCGGACCGCUUGCUGUCUGCGUUUCUGGGGGGGGUUGUUCUUGCGUACUCGGUUAUGAAAUUCCUCCUGCACACCGACCCACUGGAGAUUCGUACGGUUGUGUUGACAUAAAUGAGUGUUCGACGACUGCAGAACCUUGUGGUCCUUCCUCCGAUUGUACCAACAACCAGGGAUCAUACGUCUGUACCUGUGUGAAAGGAUACAUUGCCACAAAUACAAAUUUACCAGCUGGAACUUCCAACGAAUGCAUAGAUAUUAACGAGUGCCUUGAAAGACCCUGUGGAGACCAGGGGACCUGUACCAACGCACCAGCAACCUUUUCGUGUAAAUGCAAUAAAGGCUACAAAGUUGUACUCGAGGCAAGACCAAUUUGCCAAGAUAUUGACGAGUGUGUCAGCCCCACCAUCUGUGGCCCUGAUUCUAUUUGCACCAAUGUACCUGGCACUCAUAACUGCAAGUGUCAACCGGGCUAUGAACCAACGGACCCAGAGCUCGAGCCUGACCAGAUCAACAUCUGUAUCGAUGUUGACGAGUGUGUCCAAUUCAAUGGCAUCUGUGGACCUUAUUCCAACUGCUCAAACAUCAUCGGAGCGCAUCUCUGUUUCUGCUUCUCUGGUUUUCGGCUGGAAAUCAAACCCAAGGAUAUAGCCAGCAAAUCUAACCCAUGCACAGAUAUAGAUGAGUGCACUGAGACACCAGGAAUAUGUGGAAUACAAACUACAUGCACCAAUGUCCCCGGGACCUUCUAUUGCUCUUGUCCAGAGGGAUUCUACCCAUCAACAGGAAUUGUGUGGACGCUGGGUACUUCAUAUUGUAAAAGUAUUCAGAAGAUUCUAGAUGAGAUAGACGUCCCAGAGGGAGAGACCCCAGAGAGAGCUUUUCUUGGCAAUAUGGAUCGACAGCUGAAAAACAAUUCAGGCCUGGUCUUACCAGGACCGAUUGUGGCAAACAGCUUCACAGCAUCUAUGGAAGUGGUAGGAUUUGGACCACAUGCCAGGUCAUUCAAAAUGAGCAGUGCUGGCGAUGGAGACACCGGCAGUAUGAUGCUGGAAAUCUCAGACCGCUUAGUGUCCGGGAUGGUGGUCUCAGGUCAGAAUCAAUCCAAGACCAACGUGAGGAGUUCAACUCUGGAUUUAAGUCUUGAAACUAUUGGACCCGGAAACAGCCUAGGGGAGAACUCUCUUCUCUCUGCUAAUGGAAACACCAUGCAGAUCGACCUAGAAGGUCUCGCCAAAAACAACAAUGAUUCUGCAGCGGUUGCCUUCAUGACGCUACAGGGGAUGGAGAGUCUCCUCAGUCAUCAAUACUUCCAUACAGAAAACAGGACAGAGAUGUACUCUGACGUGAUCACUGCCAUCCUGCCCUUGAUGAACAACACCAACCUCACGCAGCCCGUCAAUUUCACCAUCUUUCACAAGAAGGACAGAGUGCUUGAGUCUGGCUUGGUUACCUGUGUGUACUGGGAGGACAAAACACAGGAGAGGAGCUCUGUACAGUGGUCAGUCGACGGCUGUGUGGUUGCAUUCACAAACGAAAACUACACAGUGUGCAGCUGCACCCAUCUCUCCACAUUUGCCCUGAUCCUGCAGAUUGCGGAGCCUCCACCGGAGGAUGACUUCUUAGAGUGGCUGAACCGGGUGUGUGUUUUUGUCGGCCUGUUCUUCUUUGCGCUCGCCAUCCUCACCUUCCUGCUGUGCAGCUGGAACCCCAAGAUCAACAACACCGCCCGUCUUCACCUCUGCCUCAACCUCGCCUUAUCUCAUCUCCUGCUGCUGUGGAACGACGAAUACGUUGAACGGGAGCUGGCCUGCAUUGUCAUGGCCGGCCUGCUCCACUUCUUAAUUGUGGCGAGUUUCUCGUGGAUGCUGCUGGAGGCACUGCAGCUCUACCUGCUGGUCAUGAGGCUCUCUAAAGUGCAGGUCAUCCAGAGUGAUGGCCUCCCCAGGCCUCUUCUCUACCUGGUCGGCUACGGUGUCCCCUUUGUCAUUGUGGGUACUUCUGCUGUCGUGUAUUCUGAUGGAUAUGGUGCGACAAAGGCCAAGGUGUGCUGGCUGUCGCAGGAACGCGGCUUCAACUGGGCUUUGUCAGGGCCGGUGAUCACCGUCAUUUGUUUAAACGGCAUCUUGUUCUGUGCUACUUUGUGGAGUCUGAGACCGACCCUGGCCAACAUGAAGAGUGACGUCUCUCAGUCUAAAGAUACAAGAUUGAUUGUGUUCAAGAUCCUGUCCCAGUUCGUCAUCCUGGGCUGCACCUGGAUUCUGGGCCUGUACCAGGGGAAUCUUUUCUUUCAGGUCCUCUUCAUACUCCUUAACUCCCAGCAGGGCACCUUCCUCUUCAUCGUCCACUGCCUGCUCAACAAGGAGGUGAGAGAGGAAUACAUAAAAUGGCUGACUUGUUCUUUCAACAAGCCCAGAGAAGGAGGAUCUGUGAAAGAUGCUCCUUCAGUGUCCGAGGACUUCGACAAGGAAGAUUAA